AUGAUAGAUUUAUACAAUUACUCUAACUUAGAAGGUUUACUAGACGGAUUAACGGACUUGAAUCGAAUUCCGAAGGAAUACUCCGCAGUAUUGGAGCCAUAUUUUCAGAAUAUAGCAAGAAAUGCACAUUUAAAGUCUAGAGCUCUAAAAAUUUGUCGUUCUAAUUUCCAUAAAUGGAACGAAGAAGGUGCGAAGACAGUCAAUCCGGAAAUUAUAAGAAGAUGCCUUAACCUGUGGUAUGUUUUGAAGGGCAAGGAAUAUAAAAAGUUGAAGGAUCCUCCGCCUGCUGAUAAUAUCAUUAAGGAUGAGAUUGAUGUCUCAUAUGUUAAGAAUUUGAAUGUAGUCAGGUUGGAAUUUGACGAAUUUGGUAAACUCAUAAGUAAUCCAUUAGAGAAUUUGAUCUUGGAAGAGGUCGAAGUGAAUGAUUUCAUACAAGAAUAA